AUGCUUGUUCAGGUGGCCAUAGUACUGCACUCGUACUACUGGCCGAUUUACUUUCAGUCGGUCAGAAACAACAGCGCCAGAGACUCAGGCAUAUAUCUACUACCAAUCAUUGUGUCUAACAGUCUCGGCACACUCUGCGCGGGCUGGAUCUCGUCAAAGUCUGGGCAUUAUGUCCCUUUGAUGUGGAUCGGUGCUCCUAUUCUUGCUGUAGGAGGCGGUCUCUACCAACUAGUGCACUCUCAAAGCCCGCGCGGUCAGUGGGUCCCUAUCCAAAUUGCGUCCGGGCUUGGGUACGGAAUGUGUAGCCAGAUGCCGAUACUUGCGGUCCAGGUAGUUCUCGACAAGACGGACGUGCCUACAGGUCUCGUGAUCAUCAUGUUCUUCCAGGUGCUCGGAGGUGCUCUAGCUCCCAGUAUCGGACAGAACCUCUUCACGGAUACACUCCUGCGGAUGCUGAACGCGAUCGACGGAAUCGAUGGUACAGCUGUUGUGGCAGUUGGUGCAGGGGAGUUCAGGAGCAUUGUCCCUCCACAGCUCUUGGAAGCUGUCAUCGAUGCGUUUAACUCUGCCUUGAAGAAGGUCUUCUGGGUUGCCCUUGCAACCCCGGCCCUUGCUUGGCUAGUCAGCUGGGCCAUGGAGUGGCGUCAGAUACCUAACACCAAGGAGCAUACUACGGAGGAUCCCGAAGUAAUGUCUCUGAGAAAUCUUUAG